AUGCAAUUUAUAUCAACACUCCUCCUCCUCCUCCUUCUUCUUCUCUAUUAUUUUCUUCCGAUUUUUGCAAUUAAUCGUCCUGAAUCACCGACCAUCGCCAAUGCUUUGUACCUUGAUCUUUUAGACUCCGUGAAAUACGAGAAAAUCAGCACUUGCAUCAAAUAUAGCAGGCUCUACCACAACAAUAACAAUUAUCAGUUAGAACCAGAGACCAUCAGAGAACGAUGUUUGGAGACCGCUGAUGAUAAUGAUGAUGAUGAUGAUGAUGAUGAUGAUGAUGAUUAUUAUUCAUAUUGUGAUGGGUUGAGGUAUAUAAAGAUCCUAAGCCAUGCCGAUACCCGGUUCACCAACUCGGGGUAUAUUGCCAUCGACGAUAUUUCUAAAAGAAUUGUAUUGGUGUUUAAAGGAUCCAAGACCUGGAUUGAUUGGCUAGUGGAUUUGAGUUUUUUCCUCGUGGAGUAUCGUCCUAAUUUAGAAUCAUUAGUGACUUUUGAUCAACGGUACCGUCGGUUUUGUGGUGGCGGUGGCGGUAAAGCUGAAGCUGAAGGUGACAACGCAGUAAAGUGCCAAGUCCAUAAAGGUUUCCAACGUGCCAUGGGGUCGUUGUUUCCCAGCCAUUAUCAAACAAUAUUGGGAUUAUCCCACCAAUAUCCAGAUUAUGAAUUGUGGAUUUGUGGCCAUUCUUUAGGAGGGGCCAUGGCGAUUUUUGCAGGAAUCGAGUAUAAAUUGUUGGGAUUAAAUCCCGUGGUGCUUACUGCAGGAAGUCCCAAAGUUGGCAAUUACCACAUGUCGUUAUUCAUUGAUAAUUUGUUUAAUUCUCAACGGUUGUAUAAUACAGUGUUAUCAGGAGACAACGAAAAAUAUGAAACGUUCAAACGGCAAAAUGGAGCGUUUCUAAGAAUCAGGCAUCUUGGAGAUGUGGUGCCUAAAUUACCACCCGAUAAAAUCUUUUAUCGACAUACCGGGGUGGAAUUGUGUAUCAUGAAAAAAACUUUACCUCAAGCUCUUGAAGAUGUGAAGAUUAUAGAAAGAAAUUUUACUUUAUAUGAUGAUGAUGAUGAUGAUGAUGAUGAUGAUGAUGAUGAUGAUGAUGAUGAAUGGAGUGAUGAGGAUCAUGAUGUUAAUGAUGAUGUUGAUGAUGUUGAUGAUGUUGAUGAUGUUGAUGAUGAUGAUGACGAUGAUUCAGAAUUUUAUAACGAUGAUAUUACCAAUGGAACAGAAAUUAUAAAAGAUUUAGUUGAUUGGUCAAAAGUUAAUAAUUCCGCAAUACAACGGUUUCCUCUGCUUAAAAGAAGAGCACAUUCCGAUUAUUUUUUUAUAAUCACCAAUUGUCAAAAAUAA